UCUUCCAUUCCGUAAGCUUAAAAAGUGUUUUCCCUGCCAAAAUCACUACAAAAACUAUACUCAAAAUUACAACGCAAAGAAAGUGAUCAAAUCGAGUAUUUUCAGAAAUUAUCAAUCCAAGAAACUUCGUUCUCAGAAACUUGGUGUUCAUUUGAGAUUUGCUACUGUAACCCAAAAUGGCUGCCAGAACUAUUCGCUUGUUUCAAGAAAAUGUUAAUGAUGCAGGAACUAUGUCUGCAAAGACUGAUUUUACCGGACAGAGGAAAUCUAAGGUUGGAGGAAGAAAACCACUUGGUGAUCUAUCCAACUCUGUGAAACCAGUUGAUGGAAAGAAAGUCCUCAAUGGUUCAUUUAACACUGUGAAACCCUCUAGUCAGACAUCAAAACUGCUGAAGUCCAAGAAGAAUUGCAUCCCCGCUAUUGUGAAUAAGGAUGUUGAAAUGGACAAAAAAACAGGAAGCAAAGCUUCUAAGAAAUCAAAUACUGGUGGCAGGAAAGCGCUUUCUGACAUUUCAAACUCAGCGAAGGCACAUGUUCAUGAUGUAAAAAAUAAGAAUAGCCUGAAGACAGGUUCUUUCACAGGGAAAGAUCUUCAUCCUGAUGAAAUUGCUGAAGAGCGAAUGUUGCACGAUCAUGAGAAAUGUAUAAAAUCACAGACUCAAACAUUGGACAUACAUCAUUUUUUCAAAACUGUUGGACUUGAGAAUGAUUCAGAUGAUGACAUGAACAUUUCCUUUGAACCGCUUGCAUUUCGUAAACCGGAGUAUGAGAGCACAUUAUUCAAAUUGGAGGAGGUUCCUGAGGAGUAUUUUGAUAUGCCGCCUCUAUCUGCUGGGCAUGGUUCCCCAGUAUACUGCAAGAGCCCAAAGUUUUCAAGCUGUACAAUGUGGGAUGACUUAGUUGUGGAUUUCAAGUUGAUAGAUUCACCCAGAUUGUAUAAAAACUGAUUUUAUCCUGCAACAAUAUGAAGUCAUUCAGCUAGAUAUUUUGUGCCAUUCUUGUGAUGGCAAUUAUAUGGUGUAUUCUUUUGGAGAUGACCUUUAUAUUUGUUUGUUUAGAAUAAUCUUAGAUUGACAAUAUUGUUGUGAGGUUGGUUUGUUCUGGCCAAUUAUUGUUGGAUUCUUGUAUUGAUGACCUUAAUGUUUUCUUCUUCCCAAUUAAUUCAAUGAACAACAGUGCUUGUCUUUGUAUUGAUGACCUUAAUGUUUCCUUCUUCCCAAUUAAUUCAAUGAACAACGGUGCUUGUCUUUGUC